CGCCGUCCUGUCCUGCGUAUGGACGCACAGGAUGGCCCCUGGACCGUCAGCGUAGCAGAGAAUCCCCACGACCCUGCCUCGUCCUACAGCCUUUAUGUUAAGACCCCCACCCACAACCUCACCCUCAGCCGCACCUCCCGCGAGAUCAUCGAGCUCAACACAAAGCUCCACGACGCCCACCCUGCCGUCGCCCUCCCCCACCUCCCCAUCCAGCCCGCACCCGCCCUCCCCCCGAAGCGCAAGUCCGCCUUCCUCAACACCCUCUCUCGCCUCGCCUCGCCCUCCUCAAAGUCCGCCAACGGCCGCCACACCGCCCGCGCCGCCUCCGUCACAGGCAGCGUGGGCACCCCCUCGGGCCUCCCCACCCCCGUCGCCUCCCCCGGCGCGGAGCUCGUCGACCCCUUUGCCGCCGCCGCCAACGGCCUCUUCAACAGCCCCGCCUCCACCGCCACCAACCCGACCGUGACCGGCCUCGCCGCCUACCUCACCACCAUCUCCAACGACCAGCUCCUCCGCCAGACCCGCGUCUGGAAGCGCUUCGUGCGCGUCCGCACCGACGACCUCGAGAGCGUGCGCGUCGAGCGCGCCAUCAAGCGCGUCCGCUCCGACCUCGCCGCCCACAUGAUGUCCCCGAGCACCGUCGACGUCCACGUCAUCUCCUCCGUCUCCGCGCGCGAGAUCACGCUCAACGACGACGGCGCGGCGCAGGGUGCCACUAAGGCGAAGCGAAACAGCCGCCUGCACGAGGACAUCGUGGAAGAAGACGCACGCGACGUCGUCUCCAUCGCGGCGAGCACCAGCACGCAGUCGGCCGCGACCGCCGACGACCGCCCGGAGACGCCCCGGUCGCCCAAGGCCUCCGUCGCCUCCACGACGGCCCCCUCCGAGACCUCCGCAGGCGCGGCGUCCUCGGCCCCCACGAACGGCGCCGACGAGGAGGGCGGCAACACGCUGUCGACGCCCAUCGCUGCCGCGGCCGCGGACGCGGACUCACCCGGCGCGCGCCUCCCGCGCUCGCAGUCCGCCGACGUCACCGCGUCCGCCCGCCUGUCACGUGCCCUUACGGCGUCGUCCUCCGCGCUCGGGAGCGCCACGGCCUCGGCCUCGGCGUCGCACACCGAGGACGACGCGUCGACGCACACGUCGAGCGACAAGGCCGCGCGCCCGCGCCCGCGCCCCAAGCGCUCCCAGUCCGCCGACCCGAACCGCACGCGCUCGCUCCUCAAGAAAUUCAAGUCGCACCCGAACGCGCAAACCGCGUCCUCCUCUUCCUCCACCGCCGGCGCGGCGUCGCAGGCGCCGACGCCCGGCGGGACGCUCUCGCAGCGCAAGGUGCAGGUGGGCGACUUCGAGAUGAUGCGCGUGCUCGGGAAGGGCUGCGCGGGCAAGGUGCUGCUCGUGCGCUACAAGUCGUCCGCGGACCUGUACGCGCUCAAGGCGAUCACGAAGCGCCACGUGCUCGCGCACCAGGAGCUGCAGCACACGCUCACCGAGCAGGCCGUGCUCAAGCGCAUGGCCGCCGAGGGCACCGACCCGUUCGUCGUCAAGCUCUGGUGGAGCUUCCACGACAAGGAGAACCUCUUCUUGGUGAUGGACUUCCACCCGGGCGGCGACCUCGCGACGCAGCUCGCGCGCUGGGGCCGCCUCGGGCGCGACCGCGCGCGCUUCUACGCGGCGGAGAUCGUCGAGGGCGUCGAGGGCCUCCACGCCGCGGGCGUCAUCUACCGCGACCUCAAGCCGGAGAACAUCCUCAUCGCCGCGGACGGGCACAUCGUGCUCACAGACUUUGGGCUCUCGAAGGAGUUCCCGCGGCGCGCGGGCGCGCUCGCGCUCGCGGCGCCGUCGACGCCCGGCGGGCGCAGCAGCACCAACGGGAACGGGAACGGCGCCGCGAACGGGUUCGCGACGCCGCCUGGAACGCCGUAUUGGAUGGCCAAUGGGGGUAAUGGGGGCAGCGGGGGCAGCGGAGUCGGGAGCGAGAGCCCGCAGGAUCUGGCGGGGUGGCCGGCGCGCGCGACGGACUCGACGAGCACGUUCUGCGGGACGGCGGAGUACCUCGCGCCGGAGGUCAUCCAGGGGCUGCCGUACAGCUACGAGGUCGACUGGUGGAGCUUCGGCACGAUGCUGUACGAGAUGCUGACCGGGAUCACGCCGUUUUGGGCGGACAAUCACUCGGAUAUGUAUGUGCGGGUGCUGCAGGAUGAGCUGCAGUUCCCGGACGAUCGGGCGAUGGACCAGGAUACGAAGAGCUUGAUUCGCGGGCUGCUGCAACGCAAUCCCGCGCUGAGGCUGAGCGAGCCGCGGAUAAAGCGGCAUCCGUAUUUCUCGAUGAUAGAUUGGUCUCAUGUGUAUCACAAGCGCUAUAUACCCCCAUAUAUCCCACCGAUCGACCCGUCGAACGCAAGCGAUACCCAAAACUUCGACGACACCUUCCUCGAUAUGGAGCCCGUGAUCAACGACGAGAACGACCUCGCGGACACGGACGCGGAGCGCGAGCAGACGGACACGGACCGCACUGACGGCGAGGACUCGCUCACGACGCCGUCGCAGUCGCGGAGCUCGUCCGUGCAGCCGGUCGAGGACGCGUCCGUGGACGUGUUCGACGGGUACUCCUUCAAGGGCCGGCACUCCGUCAUCCUCGACGAGGAGGAAGACGAAGAUGAAGAUGAAGGCGGGGAUGAGGAGGAGGAAGAGGAGGAGGUGGAGGUGGAGGGAGACGACGACAGCGGGAUGACGCCGAGCAUUCUGGCGGAGGUCAACGGGAGCGCGGAGCCCAGCGAGCUGGGCGACGACGCCGUCGCCGCCGCGAAAGAGGAGACGCCGGAGCCCAAGACGCCCGAGGCGCGCCCCACCGGGCUGCCCGCGAUCCCAGCCCCGGAGAGCGUGCCCGCCCACCCCGGACGCGUGUCGUCCGAGACGACGCGGGGCCCCGUCCGGCCCGUCCCCCACACGCUCGACAACCCGCCGCGCACGCCCCAGUCGCCCACCAAGGCGCUCGCCCCGGAGCCCGCGCGCGCCGAGCCGCCGCGCAAGGAGCCCAGCAAGCCGAAAGACAAGAAGGGCGGCGCGCCGCCGAGCAAGCCCGCGCCCGCGCGCGCAUCGGCGGCGCGCACGGGGCGGCGGCGCGAGAAGUCGGGGAUCCCGGCGCUCGACCGCGACCUGUCCGACGCGGCGGAGGAGGACGAGGCGGGGACGGAGCGCGACGAGGACGAGGACGACUGGGACUUUAUCGAGGCGGACGGCGGGGAGGACCGCAACGGGGCCAAGGCGACGAGUUUGUUCGCGCGCGGCGUCGUCGACCGGUACAAGCUCGCCGUGUUCCGCAAGGGCGCGACGCCGAACCGCGCCGUGUCGGGCGUGUCGGGUGUGUCGGGCGUGUCGUCGCAGGCGUCCGCGUCGGACGCGCAGGGGUCCGAGUACUCAAAGUCGCCGAGCCCGCAGGAGAAGCAGCGCCGCGGGCGCGCGCCGGGGCUCACGUUCCGCCGGACGCCGAAGCCGUUCUUGGGCGGUGUCAAGUCGCCGCCGGCGGGCACGAAGACGCUGAGCCACUCUACGUCGGCGACGCUGUCCGCGUCCGCGUCGACGGGGACAGGCGCAAGCCUGCACCCGUCGUCGCAGUCGCGCGGGACGCUCGCGGUGUCGCCGUCGCUCAAGUCGAAGGAGUCGGCGGUGUCGAUCGGGAGCCCGCAUUCGUCGUCGGAUACUUCGAUGAACGACGACGGGGUCGCGGUCGAGGGCGACGUGGCGGAGGCGAUGAGGGUGCAUUCGGCGGCGGGCGCCGACGAAUCAUCGGAGAAGCAGCAGCAGCAGCAGCAGCCGAAGAACAAAAAGCUGAAGAAGUACAAGGAGGGCGCGGAGAAGGUCCUCUCGCUGUUCGCGUCGCCCCGUUGACCGCCGUUUUUCCACCUUGGCUCUCCCACCUGGAUAAUUUCAUGUUUCUCGUCCUCUGUUCGCGCGCGCCGCUGGCGCAGCAUAUACACCCACGCCGGUUCUCAUCCAUUAUGCAUUGUCUUCUCUUCGUCCUCCCUCACCCUCAUUCGCACCCGCGCUUAUAUAUAUAUCCCACAUACUGAUCCGCCGACCGAUCCGCACUCUCGUUUGCUUUCGUUCUCGCACCUCGCCGAUCCCGCCGCGCGAUAUCGAGUGGACUCUGCCGUCUGGUUACAAGUUACUCUUUUCCUUUUCCUUUUCUUUUUCUUUCUCGUUUCUCUCUCUCUUUUUCCUUCUUUUCUCUUGUCCUCUUUCUUUCGUUUCGUUCUUUAUAUACUUACGGUCUGCCCCACGUCAUCGCUGUUUCACAUAGUAAUCACCGCAACGCUCCUUCCUUCGUUCCCAGUUGGUUUUUGUCCUCGAGAAGCCGCCGCCUAGAAGUCCUCAACUAAUAAAAUUAUCUGUCGAACACGUC